GUCGUUGGACGCGCAUCUACCAAAAGUCGCCGGAGCAGCGCGUGCAGAAACUCCACAAGGCGGACUUCAGCCUACUUUGCAUACACAGGACGCCAGAGACAGCAACAAGCCUGCUCACUGACUGGAGCACGGACACCUGGGGAAGUGCGGAUGUCUUCCCCUGGCGCCACUUCUAGCCCUCUGGGCAGUCUGAAACCCAAAAGGAAGACCAAGAAGAAGCACUUCGUGCAGCAGAAAGUGGAGGUUUUCCGAGCCAGUGACCCCGUGCUGAGCGUGCUUAUGUGGGGAGUCAAUCAUUCGAUUAAUGACCUGAGCCAGGUGCCUGUACCUGUCAUGCUGCUCCCAGAUGACUUCAAAGCCAGCACCAAGAUCAAAGUCAUCAACCACCUCUUCAACAAAGAAAAUCUUCCUGGACAGUUUAAAUUCAAAGAGUACUGUCCACAGGUAUUCAGAAACCUGCGGGAGCGCUUUGGCAUUGAGGAUCAAGAUUACCAGGCUUCUCUGGCCCGCUGUUCUCCAAUCAAAGACGAGGAGGGGAAUUGUGUGGGACUGCUGCUGACAUCGUAUGACCGUACUUUAGUGGUAAAAGAAAUUUCUGGUGAGGAGGUGGAGGAAAUGCACAACAUCCUCUGUGAGUAUCAUCAGCAUAUUGUCACGUGCCAUGGCAGCACACUGCUCCCUCAGUUUUUGGCCAUGUACAGGGUGACGGUGGAGAGUGAGGACACCUACCUGUUAGUAAUGAGGAACAUGUUCAGCCACAGGCUGCACAUACACAGGAAAUAUGACCUGAAGGGCUCCCCGCUGUCUCGUGAAGCAAGUUUCAAAGAAAGGGUCAAAGAACUACCCACUUAUAAAGACACAGACUUUAGGAAUAACAUGCAGAAGGUUUAUGUGAGCGAUGAGGAGAAGGAAAAAAUAAUGGACAAGCUAAACAGAGACAUUGAGUUCCUUGUAUGCAUGAGGAUCAUGGACUACAGCCUGCUGCUGGGUAUCCAUGAUGUUGAGCGUGCUGAGAGACAGGAGGAGGAGGAGGUGGAGUCGUCCUAUGAGGAGGAGGAGGAUGAAAAUGGCCUGGCUGUAGCUAUGUGCUCUACCUCACCUGAAGGUAUUGCAGGCUACAUGAACUCCUUCAAACCCAUGGGUCCUGGGGAGUUUGACCCUUAUGUGGAUAUGUAUGCUAUUCAGAGCGCUGUAGGUGCACCCCGGAGGGAGGUGUAUUUUAUGGGUCUGAUUGACGUGCUGACGCAGUAUGAUACCAAGAAGAAAGCUGCUCACGCUGCCAGGGCUGUCAAACACGGGGCAGGAGCAGAAAUCUCUACAGUUCACCCUGAGCAGUACGCUAAACGUUUCAAAGACUUCAUCACUAAGAUCAUUGCCUAGUUCAAGGAGUUAUUGUCAUUUAAUAAGAAUAAUUUAACUGUGCAAUACCAGCUUUGUUUAAAAUCAACUUUAAGAAGCACUAAAGAUGUACAAGUAAAUAAUCUGUGGCUUUACUCUUUAUAUAAUUCUGCACUGUUAGAUGACAUUAUUAAGUGAACACGUGGAAAUGUGCUUUUGGGAACUAAAUUUAGUUACCUUUCUUCUUUCUAUUCAUUUAAAGAUGUGACACUGCUGUCUUUGAGAAGCAGCCAAGGAUGAAUAUUAAGAUCUACAAAGAAACCAAAAUAAAUAAAUAAACGAAUAAAUUAUUAGCCAAAGGUGGUGGUGAUGAAAAACAAUAAAACAAACUUCACUUCUAUCCUUUUUUUUUGUUGCAGAAUCCAUUUACUCGUAACAGCUUGGAAGAGAGAUUCAUGACUUAUUUUUAGAUACUGAUUUUCCUCUCCUUCAUUUUCAACUUUCUAGAGAUGUGCAUCUAAUUAGGUGCACGUGCAGGAUUCAAUUAGGAAGAAACAAUCUCUGUCUCAUGUUGAGCACCAAUGUGAAAUUAUAAAGGCCCAUGGCAUGCUUUUUUUUAAUUGUUGUCUAGAUUAUCUUAGAACAGUUUUAAGUGCCACUCACAUCUAAAGAAUAGUUGAUUUAGUACUUAAGACUUUUAUUCAGCAACCUGGCCACCGUCCCAUCAUCCUUUCUUGAUUUUCUUGUCUGAUUAAAUUCUUCAGGAGUGCUAGAGAAUUGGCGUACACACACAUCAGCGAACUGACCAGACAGCCAUUUCAAAAGCAGAGGUUGAAAGGAAGAAAUGAUUCACUGCUUCCUCACAGAGCAUGGUAUUUUGUUUAGACGUCACCUUGGAAAUGUGUGUUUGUUGUGAUGGGAAGCUGAUUCUUUUCAGCUACCCAAAAACCUGCAAUCUUGGAUCAGUGGAAGCAGUUUAAUUUUCUUGGCCAGAAACACAAGUCACAAAUAUAUUUGUG